GCUACGACAAUCGCGCCUGUGGCCACCAUCUCCUUGCCGAAUCCCGGGCGCAUAUUGCGUACAUCAUGGUGCCCUGACAAAGAUCUUGUGGCCGUUCUGUCUAGGUUUGCACACCAAGAGAAGCUUGGUCUUUGGAAGAUGUCGGGUUCGAAGAAGUGGGAGGUCGACCUGCCCGGUAAUGCCGACUACAAGGUGGACCAUAUUGUCGACAUCGCCUGGAGUCCCGAUGUACAAACCCUUGCAGUGGUCUCCAACCCGGGCAUGAUCACCAUCCAUUCAAUACAAAACGGCACGGUGGAGCGCGCAAUACCUAUAGCUCUACCGGACCGUACUUUCCGAGUCACCGGUACGUGGUGGUUCCGCGAAGAAAAGAAAUCUGGAGGCCAAGGCCUCCCAGAGGUCUUCAAGCGCGGCGACAUCAUAACAGGCUCCGCUCACUCCAUUUUGCGAAACCUGCCCCUGUUGGAUGCUAUACAGGAUGAGUCCAAGCCCCUUACUUCAAACGAGCUCUUCGCCUUCCACGGCGCACGAAAUCGGGCGACGCAGGCACCCAAGGUGCCCCCCGUCAUCACAGCGUGGCCGAGCCUCCCCACAGACCUUGCCGCGGCCUCCAUCGCGUCGAAUAAGCCCGACGCUGCGCAGCCCUUUCCAGAAGCAGAGGACGAAGCAGACGAGACGAACGUGAACAGCAUUCUCGCCGUCGCGGACAACCUAGGCAACGUGCAUCUCUUCCUGGAGGGAAGCUACCCGCUCGGCUAUGUACGCAUCGGGCAUGCUGCGUCUCCUCGUUCCCUCUACAAGCUGCGUGAAUACCUGUUUGCGCAUCCUGGGCCGGCGUCGGAUCUGGACUCGCCUGCCGUUCCCCUGCGUCCUGUGGUUCUCAAGCUGUCCUAUUUGACAGGUAGGCAUUACAGGGACGUCGCCAGGGUGUCGUCAUCGGCGCGGGAACUAGUGUGGUAUGCCAUGCGGGUGGUCAAGGAUAUGCGUAACACGUGGUUUGGCUCCGAGACGAACCCCGGUGCACGAGAACUGGGGAAAAAAUGGGUGCAAGCACUGGAAGAAAGACAAUGCAACGAAUUCGGCCACGAGGAUCCGUAUCCGCUGCUGGACCUGACCUGUUUAUUGACCACCGGCCGCACCUCCGAGGCGCUCCUGGACUAUCUGGGCAGCGGUGAGCACAUGAGCGAACGGAGCAUUCAAAGGUGGGAAGUGACAAUGACGGAGGCUCUGGUCAAGCUGCGAGAUCUAGCAGAGAAACGCGUCGCACCCGCCUGCCAGCGUUUGCGGCUGCUCCUGCAGGAGGUGCAAGGCUGGGCUGCUUUACCCCAAUAUGCCGUCUGUAGCUUCAACCCAAGUGAGAUCGAACGCUGUCUAGACAACACGACACGCGGCAUCGUCCUCUGUGCGUGGCUCGCCGCCGGGGCGCGCAAAGAGCUCAUCCGCUUCAAGGAGUUCAUGAAGUGGGUCCGGUACGAGAUCGCCCGGGUGAACGCGGCCGAGAACCAGCAGCCGCGGCCGACGCACGACAUCCUCGAGGUGAACGACUACCUCACGUCCGGGCUCGUCGUGAGCCCGCUCGACAAGUGGUUCAUGGGCCCCGCGCCGCGGUUCGCGCCCGAGAGUCUAGCCGUGCAAACUACGACCGUCGGCGCCGCGCUCCGCAAAGCACGCGCCGCACUAAACCGCUGGGACCAGACCGUGCACGAAGAUGUGAAACACCGGGAGCUCGCGCAUGUCGAACGCAACGUCGACGCGCUGCUGCAGAACCUCGCGGCGGGCUGCCAGAAGAUCUUCGACGAGGCGUCCAAGGCGACCGCACGCUCGGCCGUGCUCGUGGCCGGCUCUGUCGACGCCGUGCCAGCAACGGCGACGGCGGAAGCAGAGGCAGUGGCAGUGGCAGCAGCAGGGAAGGAAGAGGGCCCGCGAUCAGCUAGCGCCGCACCCCUGAUACGAGAGCGCACGGCGGACAAUUUUAUGCAGUACCUUGCAAUCAGGCCUCCGCAUGACGGCGGGCGGUCGUACCUGUGCGUGGCCCGCCUGCAGCAGGGCCUCGGCGUCGCGGACGGCGUGCCGACGGUAGAGGUUGCCGCGCUGGAGUGCUGUGCUCCGGCGGAGGGAAGCGAGGACGCGCCUGCGCCGUUCGCGGUCCUCGACGUCGACUUCUUCGACGAGGAGCUGCUCGUGGUCGUCUACCGGCCGCGGGAUGGGGAAGCAGCAGCCUGUGUCGCGACGGUCGGCUAUGCGAAUUUAAUCUACCACCCGAUCCCGGCCCCCCACGCGUACGUAACCGGCACGACUCGAGAAUGGCUGAUGGGCGCGGUGCGCGCGGCGCUCGCGAGCGGAGAGCUUCCGUCGGCUGGGGCGAGCCCGAUCAUCCAGAGCCGGGCGCUGAAGGGGUGCAGGGAGGGGGGCGUGACACUGGCGGUGAACGGGCGUGCUGGGCGGCGCGUGUCGUGCGUUCUGGACGGGACGGGUCUGGCGACCGGCUCAGACGGCGACGGCUCCUCCUCCCGCGUCUCCGACGCCGCCCUCAGAAAGAAAAAGAACGCAGACGCACAGGCCGCCUUCCGCGCGCGCCGCGCCAACUAUAUCGCCACUCUCGAGGAGACAGUCACCAACCUAGAGUCCGUCGUCCUCCAGCUCCAGGACUCAUGCCGCGCCCUCGACACCCAGCUCCAGGAGUCCCGCCAGGAGGCGAGCCGCUACAGGACCGAGCUCGACCACAAGGAGAGCAUGAUCAGGAUGUACGAGCAGCAGCAGAAGAAGGUCGAUCGCGAGCCCCAAGACGACUACCCCAUCUCCUCCUACCCACCCGUCCGCACCCCGCCCGUUAUGGCCUCCUCCAUGUCCGCCGGCCCUGCGAGCCACUACGGCGAUGACGGCAUGCGCUACUCCUCUGGCAGCACCUCUGCCCCCUCGAUGAACGGCUCUUCCUAUCACAACCCAAACGGCCAGGACUACCCCCAACGCUCGCCCGCGAUGAGCUACGUGAGCGUCCCCGGCACCGGCAGCUCAGAACCGCGCUCGAUGGAUCCCCACAGCAGAAUGCCCCGAUACGACCCGUACGCGCCCUACCCGAUCGACACCUCUGGCCGUGACGGUAAUUGGGUGAGCCACCCCGGCACAGCCGUCAGCGACCCCGGCUCGAUGGACAACGGCAGCGCGACCCACUCACCUACCUUCGUCGAGUCACCCACGCUCACCGCAUCCGACCUUUCCUAUUCCUCGCGCUACAACAUCGUUGACGAUCAAAAGGUUCCACUCACGCCCUCAUACAUGUUUGCGCCUAGCCGCUCCCUCUCGCCUGCUGCGUCCACGCCCUCUUCCACAUCAUCUACCUCGCUCGCGCCCGCCUCCUACCCAUUCACGUUUCCCGAGGGCACCGCUCUCCAGGAACGCCCCGAGUUCUACCGCCGCCAGCCCGAGCUCACCCUCCACGGCGGGACCGCCGACAUCUCCUCCAUCGUGCGCAUGAGCGGCCGCACCGCGCCCCCCUCCUCCUCAUCCGCGUCCGCCUCGGGGCUCUCGCCAUCCGCAGACCGCCCCUCGCUCGUGCAGGCGCCGUCGCCGUACUCGCGCGCAGACAACGGCUCGCACGAGCGCGAGAGCGACGGCGAGUCGUCCUCGUACACGUACUCGUCGCGCGCGCGCACGCGCCCCGCGAGCGUGUCGCGCGGGUCGCGCUCGCCUUCGCCCGGGCCGGCGCCGAUAUGCGGCACGCUCGCGGUGAUCAAGGCGCAGGCGUUCGGCGCGCUCCGCCGCACGCGCGGGCGGAGCAAGAAGACGACGGAGGGCGCGGCGAAGGCCGCCGUCGAGGCGCUCGCCGCGCGCGGCAUCGGCGUCGUCGGGAACCCCGCGAAGCGGCCGCGCCUGCACGACAGCGACGGGGAUCUGCGGAUUUGAAUGCGUGCCCCGUCCCGUCUGUCCGUCCGUCCAUCCGUCUGCCUGCUGUCUGCUUGUCCUGUCUCGCCCGCCGUCCGUACUGACCGACCGAUUGAUUGACCGAUUGAACGACCGACUAUGGCAUGCAAUGCAACAUGUAGAGGCUUCCCACAUUCAUAUGUACCAACAGCGCUCUCCCUCUCUAUCUCUCAUUACCGAUCCGCCAUCCUCGCCGUCUUCUCGCGCUCCGUCUCCUGCUGGCUCUGGGACUCUGUAGACGACUCGACUCGACCCGAUCUUCCUCUCUAUCCUGCCCGUCCCCCCACCUCUACCUCCAUCUCCGCCUCAGCUACCUACC